AUGGUUACUGCACCUAAAAGUUGGGGCCAAAGACAUCAGCAAUGUGUUCUCUUAUUCCUGUGUCUUGGAACAGCUUACAGUAUGAGAUCUUGUAUGGGAGUAUCUCUAGUAGCUAUGGUCAAACAUGAAACCAAAAUUAUUGAGAACAAUAAUACAGAAAGUAUUCUAAAUAAUAUAACUUUAGAUGCUAAUAUUACUACAGAAUUGUUAGAUGUUAAAGUUCCACAAACAAAUGCUUAUUUAAAUGACUCCUACAAGGAAAUUAAACUAGAAGGUUUCUUCAAUGUACUAUUACUAGCUCCACCAUAUCCUACGUUUACAUGGAGCAAGCAAGUCCAGGAUACUAUAAUGUCCUCCUUCUUCUGGGGCUACGUAGUUCUGCAGAUUCCUGCUGGACAACUGGCUCAUCGUUUUGGAUCUACAGCUCUGCUUACAAUUGCAUUGAUUAUUAAUUGCAUUGUAUCUUUGGUAUUACCUUUAGCUGCUUAUUAUGGUGGUUGGGUGUCAAUUGUAAUAUGCCGGAUAAUACAAGGUUUAAGUCAAGCGUGUAUUAUACCGAGUCUGCAUACAACUCUUGGGAAAUGGGCCCCACUGGCGGAGAGAGCGAGAAUGUCGGCUUUUGUUUAUGGAGCAUCAGCAUUAGGAGCGGUACUAGGUUUACCCAUAACGGGUUUCAUCGCGUCUUCCGCUAUGGGAUGGCCAGGAAUCUUUCGGUUUUAUGGAACUCUUUCUGGUAUUAUGGCAGUAGUGAUAUGGAAGCUUGGGGCCGACAGUCCCGCAAAACAUACGAAAAUAACACCCGAGGAGAAAUUGUACAUAGAACAAGAAUUGCAUCAACAUAAUGGAAAUCAGAAAAAAAAUCCACCGGUCCCGUGGUCUCGUCUGCUGCGCAGUCGAGGUCUGUAUUCAAUUGUCGUUGCACAUAUUGGCUACACUUGGGGUCAUGUGUUCUUCUAUUCUGAAGUACCAUCGUACAUGAACAAGGUUAUGGGCGUCAACAUUAAGGCGAAUGGCAUGCUGACUGCGCUUCCCUUUCUAGUAAUGUGGUUUACCAACUUUUUCUUCAGUUGGAUAUCGGAUAUGAUCAUCGUGAAGAAAUACCUUAGUGUCACCACUACGAGGAAACUUGCUAAUACUAUCGGUUCUGUGCCCGCGUCGAUCGGUUUUAUUGUGUUAGCGUACGCGCCUAACAAUAUAUACAUAGUGGAAGUCAUUCUGGUUGUCAUUUGUGCUUUCAAUAUUGCAUCGCAUGUUGGUUUUAAGGUGAAUCAUAUAGAUAUUUCACCAAAUUUCGCCGGCACCAUGAUGAGCAUCAGCAAUUUCUCGUCAAACCUCGUCGCGUCCUUGGCUCCUAUUGUUACCGGCUUCAUUCUCAAGGAUGACGUGGAGAAUCAAUACUUGUGGAGACAAGUAUUCUUCGUGGCCAGCGGUUUAUACUUCUUCAGCAACCUUAUCUAUGUUCUACUUGGCACAGCAGAGUUAGCUGAUUGGAACGACCCUGAUCCAGUAUCGGAAGAAAUCGCAAGAGAAGAGCAAGAGGAAACUCCAAUGCUUAAAAUACAAAACGAACAAAAAGUCGAUAGUUAG